AUGUAUAGUUACUUCAAAAAAGAGGACUCAAAGGGCUCCAUUGAAGAAGCAGGCGGUGUUGGGGAAGCUACCUACACUGGGCAAGUCAUCCCAAUCGAUGAAAAUGUAAAACAAUUGGGUGUUCUCGGUGCCAUUGGCUUGAUUUUCAAUCGUAUGGUUGGUACUGGUAUCUUUGCCACCACUUCCACAAUUUAUGUCUUGUCUGGUUCUGUCGGUCUUUCUCUCAUUUUGUGGUUGGUUGGCUCUUGUAUCGCAUUGGCGGGGAUGUACGUCUAUAUGGAAUUCGGUUCAGCAAUUUCCAAAAACGGUGGGGAAAAAAAUUACUUAGAAUACGUUUACAAGAAGCCAAAGUUCUUGGUCAGUGCAAUGUAUGCCACUUACAUUUUCUUUCUUGGCUGGGCAGCCGGUAAUUCCAUCAUCUUUGGGGAAUAUAUCUUGACCGCCGCCAACGUCGAAGUCACUAGAUGGAAUCAACGUGGUAUUGGUGUGGCUUGUGUGGCUUUCUCCUUUGCCAUCCAUGCAUCUAACUUCAAGGCCGGCGUUUUCUUGCAAAACAUCUUGGGUUUGUUCAAAUUAAUUAUUGUCUUGAUCAUCGCCAUCACUGGAUUGGUGGCAUUAGGCGGACAUAUCAAACAUGCCCCUGGUACCGCUAACUUCCAUAACGCAUUUUCUGGUGGCGAAGUUACUGGGUAUGGUGUGGUUACCGCCUUGUAUAACAUCAUUUGGUCAUUUAUCGGUUACUCGAACGCCAACUAUGCUUUGAGUGAAGUCAAGAAUCCCGUUAAAACUUUAAAAAUAUCCGGUCCUUUGGCAGUUAUUGCCUUGGCUAUCAUUUAUAUGUUGGUAAAUAUUGCUUAUUAUGCAGUUGUCCCAUUGGAUCAAUUGGCAAACAGUGGGACCAUUGUCGCUGCUAAUUUCUUCAGAAUUGCCUUUGGUAAAAGUUCAGAAAGAGCCAUUUCUGUAUUUGUGGCAUUGUCAGCCCUUGGUAACGUCAUGUCAGUGAUCUUCUCUCAAGGUAGGAUUGUUCAACAAUUGGGCAGAGAAAACAUUUUGCCAUUUUCCAGCUUCUUUGCCUCUCAAAAACCUUUUAAUACUCCACUCGUUGGUUUAUUCGAACAUUUCAUCAUUUGUGUCAUCACCAUACUUGCCCCACCUCCUGGAGAUGCAUACAACUUCAUUAUGAAUUUGAUUUCUUAUCCAUUGAAUAUUGUCAAUCUCUUUGUUGGUAUUGGGUUGAUUUAUUUGACCAUCCAAGCUAAACGUGGCAAAUUGAUCUGGAAUCCCCCAAUCAAGGCUACUUUACCAGUUAGUAUUUUCUUCACCUUGUCUUCGGCUUAUCUUGUGGUUGCUCCAUACUUGGCUCCUUCUGAAGGACAAUCUGUCUACAAAUCCUUACCAUACUACUUGCAUUGUGUUGUUGGUAUUGGAAUUUUUGCCGCUGGCGCAGUAUAUUGGUUAAUCUGGGCAGUCAUUCUACCAAAAAUUGGUGGCUACUAUUUGCAUCAUCAACAAAUCUUAGAUGAAUCAGAUGGAUUCUGGAGAACUGAGAUUAUUCAAGUAAAGAUUGGUGAAGCACCACCAGAUAGCCCUCAACUCAAUGGUUUGGAAGAUUGCACCACUGAUUUAACUGCCAAAUCUUAG